GUGUGUGACCUAGAGAUGGAAGUGGUGUUUCGGUGCUAAGCACAAUUGCUUAAUUCAAAUUAAAAUCAAAGCGAAGAUCAACAAAACACCCACCAACUGCAUAGAAGACUUGUCUGCGGAGGACCAGAAGGUGUCGGAUAUGGUGAAAUCGCCGUGGAAGCGAGAGGAGAAUGGGUCUCAGUCGCCGUGCCGCAUUAAAAGCUCAAUGAGCAUGGAGGAAAGCAAGCCGCAAUCUCCGGGCGAGGAUCAUUUCGACACCACAGAACAGCAUGCGCAGCUAGAUGAAGGGCAAAUCAAGACUGAGCCAGAUGACGAUCAAUCCGUGGAGUCCGAGAGGGAUCCUUUCGACGAGCUGGCCGAGCUCCUCGAGGAAGAAAACGUCCCAGUGUACCUUGUUGAAUUGCCACUAGUGGCGCCGCCACCGCCAUCUAUCACCCUACCCGAUGACUGCUUUUUGUUUACUAGACGCACCAAAGUGGAAAUUGCCUCUGCCGUGCCCAGUUCUUCGUCCAGCGUCAACGAAUGCUUGGACUCACCACAUCAGCGCGCAGCUGGCUUGGCGCCCGUUGAAGUGCUCUCUCAAAAGAAAAGUCGUUCACAUUCCAGGCGAUCCAGUGUUACGGCGCAAAGGAAUCAAUCUAGCCCAGGCAAGAUCAAAGAAAGGAAUAGCACCUCGAGAAUAUCAACCGAAACCGAUAGAGGUAGAACGCGCAGCCCGAAUAAGACGAGUUCCAGCGAUCGGUUAUCGCGCCGUAAAUUCGCUGAGAAUGGGCAUGUGUUUGGCCGUAGACGUUCUAGAAGUGGUUCACCGAACAGAAGGCACUGGCGUCGAGACAAUUUUAGUCCGAUAAUAUCACCGCAAAGAAUCCGACGAGAGUUUCCCAGACAGAUUCGUCGCUAUUCCCCAAAAAGCCUGUCCGGACAGCGAUGUCUUUCUCGUGAGCCAACCAAAAGCCCCUCAAGAUGUAGAUCCCGUCAGAGCGGCCGUUCUCAUCAGCAACCUAAAAGACGCUCGCGAAGUAGAUCCCGACAGCACCGUCUUUCUCGUGAGCCACCUAUACGCCACUCGAGAAGUAGAUCCCGACAGCACCGUCUUUCUCGUGAGCCCCCAAUACGCCACUCGAGAAGAAGAUCUCAUUCUGCUGUGAACAAAACAAGGAUGAACGACACCGUUUCUCCUGUCAGCUCGGCCGGGUCAAUUGAGAUCUUUCAACCGAGUGAUUGUACACUUCCACCUCUGGGACCUGUUGAGCCAAUGGCUCACAACUUACCAAGACCGAUACUACCAAUAGUAACUAGUCGAUUCGAAAAACCAGUAACACCAUCUCCAGUAACACCGUACAGACAUUGGCCUCAGAUGCCAGCAGCCAGCAACCAUAUGUGGUAUACGCAAACGCAUUACACUCAAUUUCAGUACAGCACCACGACUAUGCAGGACGGUCCGAACUGGCAGGCGCCUGUCUAUGGCUAUGGAGAUGCACCGCCUCCUGCGUUGGGUCCCCACGAUCUGCGCCAUCGCCUGGGCCCGUCUCGCUCGUUGCCAUUGGGCCCAUGCGAUCUGCGCCACCGGAUCCAAGGCCGACCAGAGUAUUUUUUUCCCACGGAACACACAGCAUCUCCACACAAUGUAGCCACAGGCCAGACGGGCUAUCAGAAUCAAUACUAUCCAAAUGGAUACUAUUAGCUAUCGUGGGGCGCGAAAAUCAAAGAAUUCUCUGCAUAAUGCGUUUUUUUUUUUUUUAAUUUUUUUUUUUGCAUGGUCAAGCAUCAUGGAAAGGCUUUUUUGUACUUUGAUUCUGCAUCAAUGUCAAUAAAAAACAUUCGAAGGCUUCCACUUAUUAUUAA